CGGAGAUCCUAAACCGCCAUAAGACCAGAACAAAGCAAUCAGUAGUAAUUCAGUACAUUCCGACCUCCUCCGUCGUCCGUUGCAGAAGAAGCCAUAGAUAAGGUGAAAAUUUCAGAAUGAAGAAUCUGGGAAACCUGUUACUUCGAGUCAGUCGUUGCGCUAACGCAUCAUUGCCGUCGUAUCACGCCCGGACCAAUCCGCUGUGCGCUUCUCGGAGAUUCCUGUGUGGCUUUUCAUUUUCUUCUGAGAAACCGAGUUACGUAUCUGGUUUGGGUUUGCCGAAAUCUUCCCAUGUUUUUCCUUCUCUGGAUUCUUCCUUAUGGACCCAACGCAUAGGGCAGCGGAGGACCAUGUUUAUCCAAACACAAUCAACUCCAAAUCCCUUGUCGCUGAUGUUCUAUCCUGGUAAGCCAGUUAUGGAAGCUGGUAGUGCUGAUUUUCCUAAUGCACGUUCAGCCAUGAAUUCUCCUUUGGCUAAGUCCCUUUUUGGGAUUGAUGGAGUUACUCGAGUGUUCUUCGGAGCUGACUUUGUUACAGUCACGAAAUCAGAUGAUGCAUCUUGGGAUCUCUUAAAACCUGAAAUUUUCGCAGCAAUCAUGGACUUCUUUUCCUCUGGGAAGCCACUGAUCAUGGACUCAAAUACUCUGGCUUCCAUGGACACAGCUAUCAGUGAAGAUGACUCUGAAACUGUAGCUAUGAUUAAAGAACUCUUGGAAACCCGCAUUCGUCCUGCGGUUCAAGAUGAUGGUGGCGACAUUGAGUACAGGGGAUUUGAUGCAGACACUGGAAUAGUCAAACUAAAAAUGCAAGGUGCGUGCAGUGGUUGCCCUAGCUCAUCUGUCACUCUCAAAUCGGGCAUUGAAAAUAUGCUGAUGCAUUAUGUGCCUGAGGUCAAAGGAGUUGAGCAGGAAUUCGAUGAAGAAGAAGAUCCAACACUAACGGGAGCAGCACACGAGUAGCCUGGUUAGAACUUUUUAACAAUUAUAGCUACAAAUUUUGGCUCCUACUCCUUUUGUAUAGUGUUUUAUGCGUUUAUUUUUACCAUGUAAACUCGGGAAAAUCUUGUCGAAUGGAAAUAUCUAAACUGUCCUUUUCCCAAAUAAGGUUUCUAUCACCACAAAGGAAAUAGGGAAUGGGGACAGACGGCAACAGAAUCUAGCUCAGUACAGUCCGGAGGCAUUUUGUUCUUUUUCUUCUGUGACUCAUACAUGAAAUGGGAUACAACUUUCUAAAUAGGAAUGAUAACAACUUUAUGGAACACUAGUCUCUGUUUGAAUGGUGUUUGCCGUAUGGAUUGAUUUUUGAAACCCUUUUUACUUGUUAGAAAAUUGUGUAAAAGUGAAGUUCUCUCAAAUGCUCUUCGUUUUCCGCGUUGGAGAUAAAGCCUUGAUUUACC